AUGACUUCGGAUGACAAACCAUUCAAGUUUUAUGGUGCAUUUGCAUCCAUUGGUGCUUAUGGUCUCCCUCAAGUGAAAGCACCACAGUAUAGUUCCAGCUUGAUUUGGCUUGAAAACAGUAUGGACAAACAUCAAUUCAAUAUUUUGUCUGCUGGAUGGAGUGUAGAGCCAAGGUUAUAUGGAGAUAGUCAAACCAGGCUAUCAACUGCAUGGACAAAUGAUGGCUUUCAUGGAACAGGAUGUCAUGAUGUUGUUUGCCCUGGUUUUGUUCAAGUUAGUAGUGAAAUACCUGUUGGGACGCCUAUUGGCCCUCUCUCCAUAAUUCAUGGCCAACAGUAUAGUUUGGACACCUAUAUUUACUUGGAUCAACCAACUAAAAAUUGGUGGCUUAUAUUGGGAAAGGAAAAAAAGGCAAUUGGGUAUUGGCCAAGCAAUAUAUUCAGCACUUUGGGUCAAUAUGCCACACAGCUUCAAUUUGGUGGGGUUGUAGGAUAUUCAGGCACUGACAGACCACCAAUGGGAAGUGGCUUACUGGCUGAACUGGGCGCUGGUUCAGCAUGUUAUUUCAAGAGAGUUCAAUAUGUUAAUGAGCAAAAUCAGUUGCUGGAUUUGAAGCCAAGUGAUACAUUUGAACAUGAAACUUACCCUGAUUGUUAUGAGAUUGGAAAUUAUGUUGAGACUCGAGAUGUUGAAAGAAAUAUGUUCUAUUUUGGUGGUGAUGGACAUUGUUGA